AAGCGUGCAAAAGGACCGCGGAGGCCUAGGGGUGAGAGGGCAGACAGGGUUAGAGAUUUGGUGGAGGCGGGGGCCCGGAGAAAGCACGUGUCCGCAUCCCUUUCUUCCUGCUCUUUAUCCCUAUAUCCUUAGGGUUUGACUGCUGCCGAGACAGCCCCGGGGCCCUGUGUAUGGCCACGGAGUUACAGUGUCCGGACUCCAUGCCUUGUCACAACCGGCAAGUAAACUCUACUUCUACCCCAAGUCCCGAGCGUCUGCGAGCAGACGACCCGAUCCUGGAUCAUGCCGAAGAAAAUAACGCUGCUAUGGCUAAGCUGACUCUGCUCCCCGGGCACGCCCAUUCUAGCGUGCUCUCGGAGCGGGACUCUCAGGCCUGCUGUGGCACUAAUCCUCACUCUGAGAACCACAGUGACAGUAGUGACAGUGGCAACUACGAAGCACCUGUCGGCGACUCCCUGCUAGGGGACUCUGAACUCUCCCGACAAAUUGGGGCACAGCUUAAGCUGCUGCCUAUGAAUGAUCAGAUCCGGGAGCUGCAGACUAUCAUCCGGGACAAGACAGCCAGUAGAGGGGACUUCAUGUUUUCUGCGGAUCGUUUGAUCAGACUUGUUGUAGAAGAGGGACUGAAUCAGCUGCCAUAUAAAGAAUGCACGGUGACCACGCCGACAGGGCACAAGUAUGAAGGAGUGAAAUUUGAGAAAGGAAAUUGUGGGGUCAGCAUAAUGAGGAGCGGUGAGGCAAUGGAGCAAGGUUUACGAGACUGCUGUCGAUCCAUACGAAUCGGGAAGAUCCUGAUUCAGAGCGAUGAGGAGACACAAAGGGCCAAAGUGUAUUAUGCCAAGUUCCCUCCAGACAUUUAUCGCAGAAAAGUCCUUCUGAUGUAUCCAAUUCUCAGCACUGGAAACACUGUAAUUGAAGCUGUAAAGGUUCUUAUAGAACAUGGAGUUCAACCCAGUGUUAUUAUCCUACUCAGUCUCUUCUCCACUCCCCAUGGUGCCAAAUCAAUCAUUCAAGAAUUUCCAGAGAUCACAAUUUUAACUACUGAAGUUCAUCCUGUUGCACCUACACAUUUUGGACAGAAAUACUUUGGAACAGACUAAGUUGUUAAAGGAAGACGAAAUACUCUGUGUGAUAUUAUGGUUGUGAAUGGAUUUCAUAUUUGUUUUUACUAAUUUGUUUGAGAAAUAAUGGAGAAAAUACAUUAGGAAUACCUUCUUUUUUCUUUUUUCUUUUUUGGCUUUUCAAGACAGGGUUUCUCUGUGUAGUUUUUGGUGCCUGUCCUGGAUCUCACUCUGUAGACCAGGCUGGCCUCAAACUCACAGAGAUCCGCCUGGCUCUGCCUCCAGAGUGCUGGGAUUAAAGGCGUACACCACCGCCACCCAGCUAGGAAUGCCUUUUAACAUUGGAAGUAGGUGUAGCAACAAGAAAUAUUGGAAGUUUAUUUGUUUGAUUUGGUCAUUUCCUCACAUGUGGUACCAAAUUCAACAAUGAAGCACACCCACAGUGCUUAAAAAGAUGGAAAUUUUAAUCGUCUGCUCAUGGAAAUCACCGCACCCUUAGUCAGUGCAUGGAAACUGUCGAACUUGUGACGCUCUUGGUUUGGAGGUUGCUUGCAGCUGCAAAGAAACCCAAACAAGAGUUAGUUCUUCAGCACACUAUAGUUUACAUUUUCUUUACUGUGCUUUUGGCUCUAGGGUGGUUUCUUGUAUGUGGUUGUUGUAACUGUCCAUACUCUACUUCCUUGUAUUAUAUAUGCAGGCACCUUGGAGAAGAGAGAACAAGAAUAUAUCCUGGAAUUUUAUGUUGCCAUUAAUGUCCUCGCUUAAUUUUUCAGACCCAGGAUGUCUGGUUAACUCUUCCGCUAAACUGUUGUGUUCCUCCUGGCUCAUUUCCCAAACUGGGGAUUGAGGGCAGGUGCUUGCAAAGCUUUAAUACAGUGAAGAAGAUGGCAGGGCCUUUUCAGUAUCUGGAUCUGUAACAGGAAUCUACAAAGACGGAACCACGAAUGCCUGAUGCUGACAAGAGAGAGCUAAGUCAGCCCUCUGCAAAGGAACUGAGGAGUUUUUCUAAAGUGUGCAGGAAAGUGGAGGCUUUGCUGCAUUUUGUGGCUGAUAAGUAAAUCAACAUGAUUCUUUUUAAUGUAGUUGUUUCUACUAGUUGCCUUUGGUUUGGAACUUAGUUAUUUUGCAUGUUUUACAACUAUAGCUGUAUUAAAAUAGACAAAAACUAAUGUUCUUUAAAAAUAUAUAAAGUUUGUAUGUGCUCAUAUUUAAGCUUCUAAAAGGGAGAGAAACAAUCUUAGACUCAAUCUUUGCGCUUUUGAAAUGUGCUUAUAAAACCCUGAUCCCAUUCUACAUUGAUAUUAAAACUUCUAACUGUGGUGGCUGGAUGAAUUACACUCUCCUGGCCCCACAGCCAGCUGCUGUGGGGCUCUGUUCAAAAGCAUAAGAAGGAGCAGAAGGUAGUCUUUUAGGAAGAACUAAAGCUGAAAAGAUCCGUGAGGCUCAGAGGAGGAAAGCACCUUUGAGUAGAUUGACUGGAUUUUACCCUCCGUACUUUUACUUCUGUUGUUGUUGUUGUUUGUUUGAGACAGGGUUUCUCUGUGUAGCCCUGGCUGUCCUGGAACUUGCUCUUGUAGACCAGGCUGGCCUUGAACUUAGAGGCCUGCCUCUGCCUCCAGAGUGGGAUUAAAGGUGUGCACCACCAUGCCCACCUACUUUAGUUUGAAGACUAUCAUACAAUAAAAUUAAAAUUCAUCUAACAGUUCUUCCAUGGCAGAAUGUUGCCUUCAAGUUCUUACUGAAUUUUUUUAAAGAUAGGGAGGGUCUCACUGUAUAGCCCUGGCUGGCCUGUGAUUUCCUAUGUAGAUCAGGCUGGCCUGGAACUCACAGAGAUCCUCCCGCCUCUUGAGUGCUGGGGAUUAAAGGUGUUCACCACCUUGCCCAGCUGAAAGUUUUAUUUACAUUUGUUUGUUAGGUGUCCCUAGGAAUGAUGUGAGACGCAAAUUCAGAUGGACCAGAUCUGUUGACAUUAUUAUUACAUUGAAUCAGUCGGAAAGAUGAUGUUCACUAAUUUGGGUGUGGUAGUGCAUUCCUGUAACUCUGACAUUGAGGAGGUUGAGGUAGGAGGAUUUUGAGGUGGAGGGUAGCUUAAGUAACUGAGCCAGAUUUUACCUCCCAAAUAUUUUUUUUUUGGCUUGCCAACCUGAGAGUUGCUGCAGCUGAAUGGAAUUGGUGCUUCUUUGGGCUGCAGUAUUUUGUUUGAAGUGCUUUCCAGAACAUGAGAGAAUUUCACGUUCAACUGUAGGUAUAAAACCGUAUUUCAAGCAAAUUCUUUUUUGUUUUGAAACAUGAUCUUCUGUAGCCGAGGCUGGCUUUGAACUUUCUGUGUAGUCAACUCUGACCUUAACUCAUCACCCUCAUUGAGUUCUGGGAUGAAAGGCUUACAACCAGCAUGCCCAUCUUAAACAAAUUCUUUUUAUAUCAUUAACCAUUUAGAUCCAAAUGUCUGCUGCUUUUCAGCAAUGAACAUGAUUAAAAAACAUGGUUUGAUUCCCACAUGGGAAGCCCAGCAUAAACAGUAGGAAUUAUUCAAUAAGGUCAUAUUCCCCACUGAUACCUGUACCCUACACCCCUGCAGCUAUAACUCUGGUCUCUGAAUUUUGGAAUGUUUUAGCAAACAAAUUCUUACUUGCAGGGUUAAUCACUUGCAGGAUUCUAUUUUCUAAAGUCAACAUAAGAUUAACAGACCACUGAAAGUAAGAUUGGCUUUAGUGACAUGAACUUCGGAUCAGUCUAAAUUGUGUAGGUUCUUUAUUGAAGAAUAAAGGCUACAGCAAAAAUGACAUGCAGAUAACAUAUAGCAGUGACUCUCAAAGUAUGACAUGCAUCAUAAUUACUUAGAGGGCUACAGAUUGCUGGGCCCCACCCCUCCAGUUUCUGAUUCAAUGUCUUGAUUUCCAACAUUUCUCCUUUUUAUAAUAUGAGCAUUUAAUGAUAUAAAACUUCCUAUAAAGAUUUAGCUAUUUUUUAUAUGUUUUCAUUUUCAUUCAGGUAAAAAUAUUUUCUCUUUUUGUCUUCAACCAAGGGUCUUUUAGAAUAGUCAACUAAUUGCAUUAGUCAUGCCAUUUUUCCAUAUUUUUCUUUGAUAUUAUUUCUUAAUUUAAUUCCAUUAUGGUGAGAGAAUAUAAUUGUUAUGAUUUGAAUCCUUUUAAUUUACGAGGGUUUUUGACAUAGGAUCUUGUCCAUAAACUAUUGUCCUUUGGUAAAUCUUCCAUGCUUACUUGGAAUGUAUGCAGAUCCUGUAUUGUUUGCUAUGAAUGUCAGGUUCAGUUGGUUGAUAAAGCUGUUCAAGUUUUCUACUCCUUCACUCGUAAUUUUUCUGUCUACUUGUUCUGUUGAUUAUUGGAAAGAUAUUGGAAGCUCAGACUAAAGUGUUGUAUUUGUCUCUUCUUUCAGUUCUCUGAAGGGUUUGGAGCACUCUUUUUAGGUGCAGACUGUUAGAAUUGUUGUAGUCUUUUGAUAAUGUGACCCUUUGCCAUUCGGAAAUGUUCCAUUUUGUACCUGUUAAUACUCUGUGCUGAAAUCUGUUUUAGCUGAUGAUACUAAUGAUCCCAGCUUUCUUUUGACUAGCUUUACUUUGAACAUGUUUAUGUUUCAUCUGAAUUUCUUAUAAGCAGCUGUAGGGCUGUGUCCUGCUUUUUAAAAAGUUCAAUUUGACAGUCUGUCUGCUUUUUGUUGCAGUGUUGAGAUAAUUUUCAGGUCAUGUAAUUAUUGAUUUACUUUUUCCUCAUUUUCACCUUCUUUUGGAUUGAGUAUUAUUCAUGAUUCUAUUUUAUGUCUUGAUAACAUUUGUGUCAACUCUUUCCACUAAGUCCACCCUCUGGGACAUUUGGUCCAGUCCCUUCCCCCUCUCUCUUUUUGAGACAAGGUCUCUCUAUUAUGUAGCUCUGGCUGUCCUAAAAUUUACUGUGUAGACAAACAAGGCUGUCCUCAAACUUACAGUGCUGGGACUAAAGGCAUAUACCACCACGCUUGGUCAGCCCAGUCUCCCUUAAAGGAAGGCUGUUGUAUUUUUCUGAGCAUUUACAUUUAAUAUAGCAGAUAAAUUAGAGAAAUAAUAGCAUGAGUAUAUCCAACAUUUAGAGGAUUCCAUGUAAAAUAUAAAUAGACUUGAAGCAGUUAAUCCAUUUUAUAAAGCCAUUAUAUACACCUCAAUAUUUUUAUAUUAAUCUGAUUAUUUUUCCCUUUGUCUACCAUUAUUUGAACUUUUGUUUUUAAUUUUUAUUUUUUUAUUUUUUAUUUUAUUUUAUUUUAUUUGGUUUUUCGAGACAGGGUUUCUCUGUGUAGCUUUGUGCCUUUCCUGGGACUCACUUUGUAGCCCAGGCUGGCCUCAAACUCACAGAGAUCUGCCUGCCUCUGCCUCCCAAGUGCUGGGAUUAAAGGCGUGUGCCACCAUCGCCUGGCGUGUCAUUUUCCAUUGAUAUUACAUCUUGAAACUUAAAUUGCUCAAUACAUACAAUUAUUAAUGCUUUCUGUGACCUGUUUAACGUACUUGAAUUCACCAGCAAUGCUCACUUCCCACCAUAUCACACAGAGAUAACAUAGUUGUUUUAUUCCACAGGACACUAAGAUAACCAUUAUACUCCCCACAAAUAAUUGACUCCUAACCAUGUGCCAGAUGUUCUUAGGGAAAGGUAAUAUCACAGUUCAGCCGGAUUUGUUCAUGUCCAGGUUCCAAGUCAGUAUAUUAGUUUAUUUGAGCUGUUGUAACAAAAUACCAGACUGCAUGGUUUUAACAACAGAAAUAGUUUUGGAGGCCACAGGUCCAAGAUCAAAAAGUGUUGAUAUGUUUGUGUACUUUGCAGAGGCCUCUCUUUGACUUGACUUCCCAUGGUCUUCCACCUGUAUGUAUAACCUUGGUGUUCCUUUGUAUGUUCAGAUUUUCUCUUUGUAUGACUGCAGUCGGAUUGUAUUAGGGCCCAUUUAAUGGCCUUGUUUUAGCCAAAUCACUUCCUUAAAAGCCCUAGCUCCAAUAUAGUCACAUUUUGAGGUACUGGGGAUUAGAACUUCAAUAUGGAUUGAGGAGGCACAUAAUUGUAAUGACAAAAGUAGUCAUCUUCUAUCAAUCCACUGGCUUUUUCUGAGACUUUUUCCAUAUGUGUUAUGUGGCAGGGCCUGUUUCUUUUCUUUAUUAUUAUUACUUUUUGUUUUGAGAUAGCAUUUCACUAUAUAGCCCUGGCUAGCCUGGUGCUCACUAUGCAGACCAGGCUGGCCUCGAACUCACAGAGAUCCACCUGCUUCUGCCUCCAAAGUAGUGAGAUUGAAGGUGUGCACCAGCAUUCUGGGCAGGGUGGGUUUCUUAUGACAAAUCUAAGGGUGUGGUUUAGAAUUAUUUCUACUUCUCUGCUGUGAAAUCAGGUGCGACUUCCUUUACUCCAUUCUUGGAGUGAGAACAAGCACUGCAUAUUAAUAUAAGUUGUUUUGACCUUCAGAGAACUUAGAAGUUUGGAGGUUUAGAGGAAUUCCACAAGUGUUUAUAUGUUAUUGCCUAUCGCGAAGGGCUAUUGAUUCAUAUCUGGGUCAGGCUUCAACUGUUUUAAAUUGGUCUAAAGACCCUGUUUGUUCAGGAUACAAGCCUUUGCCCAGCUAUAAGUCCUAACACCGUCCAGCUUGAUUCAAGGACUCUGUCUGGCCCAGGUGGCUAAAGCCUUACUAUCUUUCCAGGCUGAUUCCUUCCUUUCCUUUUCCUGUCUUCUGGAAGAGUGACCCUUCUACUCUUCUAAUCCACUUAACUCACCAUUUUCUUGUGAAUGCCAUUCAUUAAAAGGAAAUUCACUUUGCUCUAGCAGUCACACUACUGAGUAUUUAAGCAGAGAGAAUGAAAAUAUGCUGAAGAGACAUCUGCUCUCCCAUGUUCAUUGAAGCAGUAUUCUCAAUAAUUAAGAAAUAGAAACAGCCAAAGUGUAUGUCAAGUGAUGAAUGUAUAAAGAAAGCAUAGUACAUUUAUACAAUGGGAUACUAUUCAGCCAUGCAAAGGGAUGAAUUUGUGACUAAAUUGGAUGAGACUGGAGAUUAUGUUAAAUGAAUGAAACAAGCCAGCCACAGAUACACAUAUACUGUAUGACUUCUACUAUGUGGAAUCUGGUGACAACUGAUCUCGUGCAGGUUGAGAGUAGAGUGCUUGUUACCAAAAUUUGGGGAGGGAUGACUGAGUGAGAAAAGGUUGAACAGGGUCACAAGUUACUUAGAUAAGAAAGUUCUGCUGUGCUAUUACAUAGUAGGGUGUCUGUAGAUCAUCGUUAAUGUACUAUACAUAAGAAAUUAGAAGAAAAUAUUUUGUUAAGUUUUUACUAUGAAGAAGUAAUAAUAAGGAAAAGGAUAAAUGAUUUAAAUAUUACACAAUGUGUACAUGUACUGAGAUAUCAUCUGGUAUCCCAUUAAUAUGUACAAAUUUUGUUUUUAUGGAUCACUUAAAAUAAAUUUAAAUAAAUGAAAAAUAAUGA